CAGGAGACGGGAUGUUCUUUGCAUGUACGGGCGUAAUUAUCAAAAACGAUCCGGAGACUAAGAUGACGAGCUUUCUGACUUCAUUAAGUUUGGUUAGAUCUAUUGAAGAUGACAGCAAGAUCUUUCACAACAUGACGAUUCAAGUGCGCCUUCAAGAUAACAAUGUUGAGCUGGGAUGGUGGAACUUCUGGGAUGUACAACACAAAACCUUGCUGUUAUCAACAUACCUCGCUUCCAUACUCUUCAAGUAGCAUGUCUAGAUAAUCAGAGGCAAUUCGAGAGUCAUAGCAAAGUAGUUGCUGUAGGGCGUUGCUUCAACUCAGGAAAAUUAAUGGCCACAGAUGGAAUGUUGACUGACAAUCCAAGUGGAGAUUAUCGUGAGGAGCUUGCGGUCUCCACAUGUCAAAUUACUAUGACUGGAGUUGGAGGGCCCCUCAUUGAUUUUAAUGGGGACUUCGUUGGGAUGAACUUUUAUGCCAAGGAAUAGACUCCAUUCUUACCAAGGACUAAAAUUAUUGAACUCUUGAAGCAGUUUAGUGAAAGAGUCCCGCUCUGUGCUAAGAAAGGACCUGGUAUCACAAUCAAAAGAUUUCCCAUACCUCAUGAGUCUGAUUCACAAGGCAGCUCAAGGGGAGAGCAAAAUAAUAAGGGCCAGAAACCUUCCAUAUGUACUCUCUGUGAUCCAGAAUGUCAACCAGGACUCAAGGAUAAAAUAUUAAAUUGUAUGCGUUUUCAUGCCCGAUGGCCGUAUUCUUCUCCUUAUGGUGAUGAUGAAAAAAUUGAGCUGAGGUCCAAUGGUUAUCCCUUUCCACUCUGGGAGGAUUUCCGCAGGUGUUUGGUUAAUACUUUUGAAGAGGAAUUUGGUGAAGAUGUGUCAACCAAACUCAAAAGAAAAGUUGCUUCAAAUAUGCCUCAGAGUGUUGUGGCACUGGCUUCAUUCAUUCGCAAAAGAAGAUGUUUUGCUUGCACAGGCAUAGUCAUAGAAUCCAAAAUGUCCACAACAAGAGUUUUGACCUCCGCAAGUUUGAUUAGAACUCCUAACAACGAAAACAUGGUUGAUGAUAAGUUGAAGAUUGUUGUCUGCCUUCCGGAUAAUCGACAUAUCCCAGGGACGUUGCAAUAUUAUAGUCUAAAUUAUAACAUUGCUGUCAUCACUAUCACGGAUUUCUGCUGCACUCGGAUAGCACAAAUCAAUGAGAAGGUGCAAAUUAAACCUUGUGGAGAGGUAGUGGCUGUAGGGCGUGUCCACAAUUCAGGUAAAUUAAUAGCCACAAGUGGGGUAGUGACUGACAAGACAAGUGAGCUUAGUUGCAAAGAGCUUGUGAUCUCUACUUGCAAAAUCACCAAGGCUGGGAUUGGAGGGCCUCUUAUAGAUUUUGCUGGGAAUUUAAUUGGCAUGAACUUCUAUGGCUUGGGAGAAACUCCGUACCUACCAAUGAAUAUAAUUCUGGAACUCUUGAGGAAGUUUGAUGCAAAAGGGACUGUUGCUAUUGACGAUCAUAUCUCGAACAGGUGGCCUGUGCCCAAGCCAUUUUGGUGCUAUCCAACAUGGCACGAGGCUAAUGAAGAAAUAGAUCUAGUUGAACUUUUAGCCGAAAUGCGUGUCCUCUAUUGAUGAAAUAGAUGUGGAUAAGCUAAGCUCCCUUGUAGCAGGCCAUCACUUCCGUUGCAGGAUUGCCUUUAUACAGUGUUGACGAUUGUAUCAUUUUAGGUUGGUUUCAGCUAAUUAACUAAGCACCAGCAUUUUCCUAGCUAA